CCUGCUCCGCCGCCUGCAAGACGCUUCCCUCCGCCGCCGCCGCCGAGCAAGCUGCAGGCGGGGGCUCCCGGCCUCCCCCCCCCCGCCCCAACGGGCCCGAUCCUAGCGGUUCCCCUUCCCAGGAGGAGGCGGCAGCGGCGGCGGCGGCUGGUGCUGGUGGUAAUAAAGGGCUCCUUUGUGUCUUGGGCGGGGCGGCGUUUGGAAGCUCCUUCUGGGGGCUUGAGCAGCCGAGAGACUAGUUUGCCCGAAACACAACCCCCGCUUCUCUCUGGCGGAAUGAGAGUCUUUUAGAAAGCAAAAGGAGGAGGGAGAAAAGUUCUCUCAAGCUUUGCCUGCGAGGAAGAUCCUUCCACCAGGGAGUGGAUUCCCGCCGGGAUCUCGCGUGGGGGUGGGGUAGGGUGGCGUUUCUAAAGUUUUUAAAGGGCGUUCCCAGGGAAGAGCUUCCUUCUCCUCAAAACAAAUCCAAAACGACACUUUAAAAUUUUUUGCUGUCUUGGAAACCCAAGAGUGCUGUGUUGCCACCAGUUCGAUGUGGAAUGAGCUUGGGCUGACGUGUGUCUCCAACCUUGAUGUGCAUAUGGAGGGGGUGCUGUGAGUAAUGGCCCCCCACUCCCGCCCCAUUCCUCUUUAGAAUACUUUGCUGAGGAAGUGCGACUUUGGACCACCAGGUGUGGAGCCUCGAACUGAACUCUUUCUUGAUCCUCACCCUGUCCAAAGUGCUUUUCCCUCCAGGAUGGUCCAUGUUCAGAGCAUCUCUGACCUCUGUUGUCCUAAAGAUCCCACCAUUUGGGGGUGUAGCACCCUGGGAAGAGAGAGAAUAUCGGGAAAGAAAUGUAGAUGAAGUACAGCGAGGAGAAUAGUAUAUCUUUUUUGUUGUUGGAGCGAGUUGGACUCAUUAGGUAACCCAAAUUAUUCACCAAGGUGUUUUUGAGAUCUUUGUUCUGAAGAGUACAAAGUCUUGCACAGCUUCAUGACAGGGCAUCACCCUAAACUGGGUCCAUUGCCGUUCUCUGCCACUGCAAAGUCAUGAAAAAGGUCUGUUUAGCGCCGCCACUUAGCAGCACCCUGGAGGGGGCCUGUCACUACCCUGACUUCAGUGAGAUGCUGAGCACAGCCAGCGGUGGCUUCCCAACAACAGUGCAGAAUGAGGGCUGCAUUGGUGUGGACUCUGCCUCCCAGUCCCGGAAGAAACGAAAGCGCUGUGGGCUCUGCACACCUUGCUUAAGGAAGGAAAACUGUGGGACUUGCACCCAUUGUGUGAAUCGAAGAACCAGCCACCAGGUCUGCAAGAUGAGGAAAUGUGAAGCUCUGAAGAAAAAGAAACUGGGGUGCAUGAGAGAGGUGGAAAUAAAGGACAAUAAAGACACCAGCACACGGGAUCGAAAGCCAGCGGUGGAGACCGGUUUGGAGUGCAGUUCAGUUGAUGGACCCAAAACAGGCCAAAUGGAAGAAGGGCCAUUUAGCCAUGUUGAAGAAAGAAGGUUGAGCGAGGACCAUCUGCCUGGCUUGGCCAAUGGAGGAGGAUCCCAAGCCGCUGGAAGAGGGGCCAUGCUGAUGGAAACCCCUGCAUGGCUCAACAGCUCCUGCGCUGAGCAGAAAGCCAACUGGGAGAGGCUGCCAUCUGCCCCAAGCCAGGGAGACUCCUCCAGCAAUGCCAACUUGGAGGGCGCUCAGAACUUGGUGGAUUUCUCAGCAGCGGCAGAAGCAGCCAUGUCUUCACACGGGAUGGUGCCUCUGCGGUCCCCUUCCUUGCUGAGCAUGCAGCUCUAUGAGAAAUUCAACGCCGAGAUGAAUCGCAGCAGUGGGGUAGACAAUGACCUGGCAGUGCCUCUUUCCGGCACCUGCUCUGGCAACGAGGACCUGACUGCUCUCAAAGCUGCUCUGAAUUAUGCAAAGCAUGGCGUCAAACCACCCAACUGCAACUGCGAUGGACCCGAGUGCCCAGACUACCUGGAGUGGCUUGAGAAGAAGAUCAGAUUGGCCACUGGAGAGGACCAGAGCUGCAUCCCACAGCCUCUCAGCCAGGAACACCAACCCCCCUUAGACAAUGGUGCUAAUCAUAAGCUGAUGCCUGCUACAGAAGAGAAGGAGGCUUCGUGUUCCCUGGAGGCCCUCCCUCUUACGGAAAAUGCACUGAAUAUUGCAAAGGAGAAGAACAUCAGCCUCCAGACAGCCAUUGCUAUUGAAGCCCUCACACAGUUGUCGGCUGUUCUUCCUGAGCCAGCCCAAGAGACUCCUCCCCCUCCUCAGAGUCCCUUGCAAGCCAUGGCAUUCAUCUCCAAGGAACAGCUGGAGCAGCCUUCCCGUUUCCCGGCACACAACCACCCCAACUCGGUGCUAUCUGAAUCCGGUGCUGAGCUGUACCAGAGCCAGGCCUCGAAAUCAUACAUGAGCCACAACCUGCUCCAAGCUCCUGCAUCAUCAGCACCAUCUUCCUGGCAGCAGGGAGCAAAGGUUGCUCGGGAUAUGGCCCCCUAUUGCCUUGAUCGCAACAAUGGACAUCUGGAGCCAUCAGAGCUGUUCCCCAACUCCUCCACCCCGCAAAAAGUGGAGUUCCCCGAGCAGUGGGGUGAUGAAGGCAAGCUGAAGAGCAGCCUAUGGGGCCUGCAUUCCAACACCCCUCCUUCUCCACUGGUGAGUGAUCCCAUGGCUGAGCUGGAGCAGCUACUGGGCAGCGCCACGGACUGCAUCAAAUCCGUGUUCAAGCGACCUGAAGCAAUGCCUGGCAAAGCCAAAGCUGCCAAGCCAAAGCAGGAGCCAUUUGCCCAGAAGGACGACAGCCCCAGCUACCCCAAGGCAGCCUCCUCCAGCCCACAGCUAUCGCAGCUCCUGCAGGAGACGAGCUUCCACAAGAAGACCCAGAAGGCUCUGCAGCACCACCUCCACCAUAAGCGCAGCCUUUUUGUGGACCAGAAGACACCUCCGGGAAGCCCCCAGGAGCAGAUGCCAAACUGGUGGGCUCCCAGCACCCAGGCCCAGCCACCACCACUACCAAAGCCAUCAGAAAAGCCUGUCAAGGAGAGGAAGAAGAAGGUCCAGCCUGAUAAAAAUACUCCAGCCAAGCCGCUGCGCAAGCAAGUCCAGAUCAAGAGGUCCAAGCAGAAGGAUGCUCAGCCCCUCUUCCUCCCUGUCAGCCAGAUCAGCUUGGAAGGACUCCGCUCGGUUGCCACUCCAGAGCGUCCGAGCAAAGAGAUGCCGCCUGAGCAGCUCCUGAUCUCCAGCACCCCUCCCAGGCUCCUGCCCCCUCUUCCCAUGCCAGCCAGCCCUGCAGAGCAGUCUCCAUUGCAGAAGUUACUUGAAAACAGAAGCCCAGCUCCCAACACUCAGGAAACAUGCUGUCCCAACCAGGAGGAGAGCCAUUGCUACUACCCUGAGAACUCUGCAUGCAACACGGCUUCCCUUGCCGCUCCUGUGCCUGGCUUUGCCCCUUGCUCAUCCUCUGUGGCCUGCAGCAAUGGGCACGAGGAAGCCUUCCACAGGACUGCAAACCCCGCAGACCACCCUCUCUUCGCCCACAGUUCCAUCGCGAUGGAUGACAAGCUGGAGGAGCUGAUCAAGCAGUUUGAAGCGGAGUUUGGAGAAAAUUUCAGCUUUCAGAAUUCUGAGCUUCCUGCCCCACUGCUCCUUGGGGAUGGGCCACUUUCAGCCUCCCACCCUCCUCCUCCUCCUUCUCCUCUGCCCCCAUUGUCUUCUCUGAGCCAUUCUCCAGAGCCCACUGUGGGCUUAGAGGCAGCUCUCCAGCCUCCGGCUAGCAAGGACUGCCCCCUGCCCCUGACAGGUGCUGCCAAUGCGGGUCACAAAACGUUACCCCUCUUGCCAGGGGCUGGGCAGCCUUUUGAAAACCCUUUUGCAGCUCGGUCCCCUAAGCAGAUAAAAAUCGAAUCUUCUGGUGCUAUUACCGUGGUGUCCACCACGUGCUUUUACUCUGAUGAAAACCAAAACACAGAUACCGCUUCCAUGGAAGGGACACCAACCAAGGAUAAAGUGCCGCUCAUGCCUACUCUCAGUGGAUUUCUGGAAUCUCCCUUGAAGUACCUGGACACGCCAACCAAGAGCUUGCUGGACACGCCUGCCAAGCGCGCUCAAGCAGAGUUCCCGACUUGUGACUGCGUGGAGCAAAUAGUGGAAAAAGACGAAGGGCCCUAUUACACCCACCUGGGAUCUGGACCAACUGUGGCAGCCAUCAGGGAACUCAUGGAAGAACGGUAUGGUGAGAAGGGAAAAGCCAUCAGAAUUGAAAAAGUGAUCUACACAGGGAAGGAAGGAAAGAGCUCCCGCGGCUGCCCCAUUGCGAAGUGGGUCAUCAGGAGGCACAACUUAGAGGAGAAGCUCUUGUGCCUGGUGCGACACCGUGCUGGUCAUCACUGCCAGAAUGCUGUCAUCAUUAUCUUGAUUCUGGCCUGGGAGGGGAUCCCUCGUGCCCUGGGGGACACCCUGUACCAGGAGCUCACUGACACCCUCACGAAAUAUGGAAACCCCACCACCCGGCGAUGUGGGCUGAACGACGACCGGACCUGUGCAUGUCAAGGCAAGGACCCCAACACCUGUGGUGCCUCUUUCUCCUUCGGCUGCUCUUGGAGCAUGUAUUUCAAUGGGUGCAAAUACGCUCGAAGCAAAACGCCCAGGAAAUUCAGACUUCAGGGAGACAACCCCAAAGAGGAAGAAGUUCUCAGAAGAAGCUUCCAGGACCUGGCCACAGAAGUCGCCCCACUUUAUAGGAGGCUGGCACCCCAGGCCUACAAAAAUCAGGUUACGAAUGAGGAUAUAGCAAUAGACUGCCGGCUUGGACUGAAAGAGGGGAGGCCCUUCUCUGGUGUGACAGCAUGCAUGGACUUCUGUGCUCACGCUCACAAAGAUCAGCAUAACCUUUACAAUGGCUGUACUGUGGUGUGUACCUUGACAAAAGAAGACAAUCGUACCACUGGGAGGAUCCCUGAGGAUGAACAGCUGCAUGUCCUUCCACUGUAUAAAAUGUCCCCCACCGAUGAGUUUGGCAGCGAGGAGAAUCAAGCUGCCAAGGUGGGCACGGGGGCAAUCCAGGUUCUCACCUCCUUCCCCAGAGAGGUGAGGAAGCUUCCUGAGCCAGCCAAGUCUUGCAGGCAGAGGCAGCUGGAAGCCAGGAAGGCAGCUGCUGAGAAAAAGAAAAUGCAGAAGGAGAAGCUGAUUACACCUGAGAAAAUCAAGCAGGAGGUUUUUGAGAUGCCACCACUUCAGCAGGAUGCAGAUAUGGCUUUGAAAAGUGGACAUUCCCAGCGGUCAGCCAAACCUUCCAUCAAAGUGGAACCUCAGAACCACUACAACACUUUCAAGUACAACGGGAAUGCUGUUGUGGAAAGCUACUCAGUGCUGGGGAACUGCAGGCCCUCUGACCCAUACAGCAUGAACAGUGUUUACUCCUACCAUUCCUACUAUGCACAGCCUAACCUGCCUUCCAUGAAUGGGUUGCAUUCAAAGUUCUCUCUUCCAUCCUUUGGGUAUUAUGGAUUUUCCAGCAAUCACAUGUUUCACUCCCAGUUUUUGAAUUACGGUGACACAAGGAACGCACCCUGGGCAGGCACCAGCUACGAGAAGAAGCCUGAUGUCCAAAUGUUGCAAAAUAACUUGAGCCAUGGUUACAAGAAUUCCGAACAGUUAGAUGAAAUCCCACCCACUGUACGAAACAAAAACCACCACCAGCGCACCUACGAGAGAUCCAGCAGGCAUUCCGGCAAGCCCACGGCUGUGCCCCAGAGGUGUAACUCUGUCCCUGCAGAAGCCCUGUCAUUUGCACAAAACACAAACUGCUUCAAUCACCGAACAAUCAAGCAAGAGCCAAUGGACUCUUUGUCACACAUGGAGUCUUUUCAGAGAGCGGCUGCUAUUAACGGCCAAAAUCCAAAUCUGAACCUAUCUGAUUUGUCCAUGUCAUCUCAGAAUGGAGGCCCAGAACAACAGUGGAGCCCUUACAAAGUCAACAGAAAUGAGUCCCCUUCGGACAGGACUAGUCAUGCUGAGAGCCCUUGGAACAUGUUUACACCCAAUGACAAUGCCGGCGUUCUCAAUGCAAACACACAGAAUAAGUCCAGCUUGUUUGGUUCCCACUCAAAUGCUACCAGGUUACCACAGUCCCACCUCUUGGAAAAACAGUGGAAUAUGUUUCCUACAGAAGGACAGCCUUUGCCACCUGGCCCUGAUGUGCUGGGGAAAUCAUGGAGCCCUUGCAAAGUCAACGAGAACCCUUCAGCCUUUUCAGUGAAUUCAAACCUUCAGGAGAAGCCCUGGAACUUGGGGCAGCUGAAUUUUGGUUCCAUCAAGGGAAACUCCAGACUUCAAGAUGAACUUUGGGGUUCUGUCAAAGCAGAUGACAGGAGGACUCCUACACCGGGCACAGGAUUACCCAGCAGACCAUGGGCUUCCUUUGGCUCUGUGGCAUCAGGUGUGUGUGGGGAGAAGCCAUUCCCUUCCUUGAAAGCCGAUGGUGGUACAAUGCUUCUGGAUGCUGGCCAGGAAGAAAGGCCAUGGGACUCAUUCAGCUUAGAUGACAGCAUGGAAGAGACACCCGAAAAGAACAUCAAGGAGGAAGAAGAGGAGGAGGAUGAAGAGGUGUGGUCAGACAGUGAACACAACUUUCUGGAUGAGAACAUUGGCGGGGUGGCAGUGGCUCCGGCCCACGGCUCCAUCCUCAUAGAGUGUGCAAGGCGAGAGCUACAUGCCACCACCCCGCUGAAGAAGCCCAACCGGUGUCACCCCACACGCAUCUCCCUGGUCUUCUACCAGCACAAGAACUUAAACCAGCCCAAUCAUGGACUUGCCCUCUGGGAAGCAAAGAUGAAACAGCUGGCAGAGAGAGCCCGGGCGAGGCAGGAGGAGGCAGCCAGGCUUGGGCUCCAGCAGGACAUCAAAGCCUUUGGCAAGAAGCGAAAAUGGGGAGGCAGCUUGGCCACUGAGCCCCAGCAGAAGGAGAAGAAAGAUACUGUCCCAACCCGGCAGGCCCUGGCUAUCCCAACAAACUCAGCUAUCACUGUGUCCUCUUAUGCCUACACCAAGGUAACUGGGCCGUACAGUCGCUGGAUUUGAGCAGAGCGCAGCUGGCAUGGGGCCAUUUUACCUCAAAGUCUGCAGCACUGGAACACAGUGCUGGUUUGUGGUGCUUUUUCCUUCGUGUGUCGGAGAGAAAUACGAAGCCAGGCCAAGUGUGACAUUUCCAGUAUAUUAUCUGCACUUGGGAGUUGAGCUGAAGAAACUUAUUGCUGUUAACAUUUUUCAGUAAUCUAAAAAUAUUUAUAUCUGUGCAUUUUUAAUCUGUACAUCAUGAUAAUGGCAAGAGAAAUUUGUAGUGUCCUUUCGCAAAGGAGAGCUUUUUAAUUCCAUUCCAAAUACACAUGUGUAUAUUGGAUUUUUAAACAGAAAUUAUUACAACUCUGAAGGGGAUUAUGUGACAUAGAAGCAAAAUUUAAAACUCAGCUGCACCCUAAGCCAAUAAGAAUCUGCACCAUCCAUCACAUCCAAGUGGGGUAGAAAUCUCACUUUAGAUACCUCCCAGAAACCAAGACUUACAAUUAAAGUAAUUGUAUAAUUUGCUGUGUGAUGGUUUCUUAGAGAUUUAGUAGAUCUCUUCCAGGAAGGAAAAAGGUUGGUGGAAGAAUUAAGUAGAGAAGACAAGAGACUACAAAUAGGCAACAGUUUCCACCUCAUUGGUUUUGAACAGAGCAUAAAAUUUUGUGUGACACUUCUCUUAACUUGGGAGGGGCCCCCAACAGAAUAGAUGGAUUCACACAGUGGGAGAGCUGUAAAAAGGUGUCCCAAUUUGCCUGUUUCAAUCCUCAAGACAACUGAGUCUGCCUAGAGCAUCUCAGGGGAGUACCAGUCCUCUGGCAUGAGUGCAGCUGGCACACGUUGCUGUCUGUGUAAAAAUUAUGUCGUGUAAACCACUGCAAAGUCAGGUUUGCUGUGAGCUUGUGGCCUAACUUUAACCAGUUUCAGAGGAGGUGGAAAUGAAAAGAAUGAAGAUAAAGAUAUUAUUUCUGCCACUGCAUGUGGUUACGUUUUUAUUUAAAGGCAAGUUCUGGAAUGAAGUUCUUUUGCCAAGGCAAGAGGCAGCGGCUGUGCAGCCUGUGUAAAAUUAAGCUAGUUUAACUUCUCCAUUAACUGUUUUGGCAUAAAUAUCUUACCCAGUUAAAUUCAUGAAGGAAGGAACUGAGAAAAGGACAGAUUUAAGGAGAAGAGGUGGAAGGGGAGGUGGGGAGGACUGGGUAGAAGUGAAGCAUCAUAAAACAAUAUUUGGAAGGUGCUGUGUUUGCCCAGGAGGUGACCUUUUGAUUUUCAUGUCUCUCACUCUGUGGGACUCACAGAAUAGCACUUAGCAAUGUUUCGGUUCUUGCCAAAUUUAUCAUACAGUGUAACCAUCCACACUUAAUUUUCCCGUAGGCUAGGCCUGACUAUUUCGAACUGAUGUCCUCCUCACUUUUGAAACUUUUAUUCUGAAUCUCGGGCUGAGCUCCUGUAUCUUUAAGAAACCAUCAUGGCGAACCUCUUUUUAAUCAUCUCUGGUGCAGAGUCCAAUGAAAAGGAAGGACACAGUAGAUCUCCUUUGUGCUGUGUUUUCAAAAGGUGCAUGCUUACCAAAUGAAAAUGUCCACACACACACACCAACCUUUACACGUGGACAUUUUCAAAUGCAAAAAUGAAAUUGGCUUAUUGUAAGUUUUAUUUUAUUUUUCUUGUGCCAUUUUUUAAAGAGGAAAUAUCAACGUUAUGUGAUAACUGAUUACUGCAAAACAGCUGGUGCUUUUAAAACUUUGAAUCACAACUUUUUAAGGUUAACCUCUCUUUCCCCAUCAGUAAUGCAAGUUGUCUUAAGAAUAGCUGAUUCACGUAAGUGGCUACACUUUCUGAAGCCAGGCUUCCCCUUGACAGAAGCAUUGUGUUGCUAAAAUGAUGAUAGGAAAUCUUCCCUAAAUUAGGAUGAAAUUCACUCUAAUUCAGAACCCUUGUACUAUUUAAACUACACCAAAAAGUUUACUUAUAUCAGGGUUGGUUGUUGUUGUUGCUGUUUUUAUUUAAAAAAUCUUAAUAGGACAGGGCUCAAGGACAGAAGUGUUGUGUAAGAGGAAGUUUGUGUCUGUGGUUCUUUUCCAUAUUGUGUGAAUUUCAUCCUUUACUGGGAGAAUGUUAAUGGUGCAGUCCCUGCUGGGCUUUAGGUGCUCUCACUAAAUUUGCUCAGAAAAUCUCCAUGAACUUCCAUUGGAAUUGGGGGUAGAACCUUCCAGCCUUGAGGCAGCACCUUCAAAGCGUCUCCUCAAAAUGGGUGCCAUCUUCAGAUUGGGUGGCGGCAACUCUUUUGGCAAUGGGUGCAAGAGUAUUUUGCUGCCUUAUACUACGGGUCUUUCUGUAGAAAAAUUGGGAGGUCUGACUCCUUCAGCAGAGUAGGUCCCCUAUGGCUUUGAUAAGCCUGUGCAUGCGAUUUCUCAACACUGCAGAAGGCCAAAAGAUCAAACACGUUCGAGAUCUGAAACUGAUUAUUCCUUGGCCACCUCCUUCUGCACUUAACAGGUGCCUUUUGAGAAAAAAAAACAACGGCUUGCAAAUUAAAACCUGUACAUAGCAUUUUGUUUACUAGGGAACCUUCUCAAUCCUCACGCGCUGGAACAGGAAAAAACAAAAACAAAAACAGGAUCUCUAUACAGCAUCCUGAGUGUUUUAUGUGGUUCUGAUUUUAAACUGUAAAUAGAGAAAGAUUUUUUUAAAAAAGCACUUUCACCAAGAUUUAAAAGAAAAAAAAUUACCCAAUAACUUGAAGAGCAGUAUGUUUUAAAACAGAUUAUUGCGGGAGAAAUGUAAAUAGAAACAAAAUAUUUAACAUGCUUUUCCGUCCUUUUUUGUUUUUACUGUAUUCUGUAAAGAUGCUUUUUUUUUUUUUUGGCAAGGGGAAAAUCAAUGAAUGAUAAUUGAUUUCAUAUGCAUACCCAUGAGCGUAUCGUGCUUGUUAAGAAUUGUUCCAAGUCAGAUUUAUAGGAAAUGUUCUGAAUGUCAUAGGAUGAUAGUGAUGUCGUCCCAUGCAAGGCCCGAUCCUCCACUUCUGUAAAUCAGCCAUUGAUUUCAGUGGGGCUGCUCUGAAGGCCAUUCUACAUGUUUGUCGAAUCAUGGACUAGUAGGCCUGCCUCGAUUAUACCACUUCAGGCUUCAGGUGGGAAAAUCACAUUUCUUUAAAGAUUCACGUGGUCCCUCACCCCAUAAACAACUACACAAAGUGGAACAGCUUUCUCUCUGUUAUUUUAGAUUUCUGCAUGCAGUGAGGGUUGUUUAUUUCUAUUUAAUGUUGAGGCGUCUGCUAUCUGAAGUCUGAUGUGGUCCAAAUCCAGGAGGUCUCUGCAUAAGCAUGUCGCUCCAGCCCUCAGUUAAAUCACCACAUAUUCCAUCUUCUCAGGCUUUUUAGGCCAAUGGCUGCUUGCUAUUGGCUAAUGUAGGAUGGAUCCGUUAGCCGGCUGUAGUUGGGGGAAAGCAUUGGACUUGUAUCUCUUUCCAAAAACAUUUUAGUUUGGUUUUUUUGUUUCUGUAAUUUCCUUGUUAACGUCUCAUUUGACUUUCCUAUUUUAAAGGUGUUGCAGGGGUGCCUUGGAAGCUUCAUUUGCAUGACUUUGGAGAGCAAGAAAUUGUAAUAUAUGUGGGAAGGGAGGUGUGGCUGUGCAUCUGACCUGUUGAAAUCCUAUUGUGUUUCAGCUUCCGUUUAGGGAUUUUUCUGAGGUGUCUGAUCAUGGCAUAAUGCGGCUCUGAAGCUGUAACUUUCUGACCUAGCAAUGGUGCCCUUAAGAUCUCUGGAUGAGGGAAAUACCUUUUUGUAGAGGCAAGAACAGGAGCUGUUUUGGGAGACCGAAGGUGGCAACGCAAGAAGACCCAUGAAUUAUUCAAAAUUUGCCUGUGUCCAUUUCCACUGUUUUUUUCCACAAUAGGAAUAGAGAAAAGGAGAAAAACAAAUUGGCAGGGCAAGUCCUUUAUUUGUCUCACACAAAUAAUCCAAAGGACCAAAUGGUGCUUUCCCUUCACACUGACGCAAGUCCAGAGUGAAUAAAACUGGAAUAAUUGUUCCUAUUGAAAUUGUGUGUCUAAGGCAAAAUUCUCAUUUGCUUCAUCUUAGAUGGGUUUCUCUAAGACUUUUGGACUGAGAUUCUCUCUCUUUUUAAAAAAUAAAAAUAAAAAUCUGGCUCUCCAAACCCAUUGUGCCAGGUGUUUCCCAGUAUAAUUGGUUGAUCUUGGUGCAGAUAGCAGGCAAUCCACAUGCUAUUUGAUUCUGGCAAUGGCAGUAUUAAAUCUAUAGCAGCAUUAUGUUAAUGCCACCAUCAUUUUCUGCAGCACAUACGUUAUAUGCACACUUUAAAACAAGGCUGCUAGAAGUAAAGGCAAAACUCCUGACUCUCAAAAUCCUGGAUAAAGUGAUGUACUUACGAGUACAUAUUUACGAGUAGGGUGCAAUCUGAGGUUGUUUCUCACUACGUAUAUAACCUACCUCGAAUCUCAGUUGUUGGGAAAAGUUACCAUGCCUCAGAUUUAUGAAUAGAACUGUGCACAGAUUAUCUACUCCUGCUUUAAAAAAAAGGAGGGGGGGAAAGAAUUAUUUUAUUUGGCAGUCAUCUUUUUGCUUGCACAUGGACAAUUACAGCUCCUGUUGUGGUCAGGGUCAUUUAGAAAAGUAAAUGGAAACAGAUAUGCAUUUAUUUACAAAGGUGCUUGUAAAAGGUGUCUUAAGGGCACCACGUUGGCCCGACCAUACUAAAGCCAAUGGGGUAGUGCUAAAAAAUGAUUACACUUCUCAGUCAUAGGAAGUUGGAUGUGCCAUUAUGGCAGGUCUCCCUCAAUCUGCAGCAACAUUUGUGAGCUUAAUUAUGCUGUUUGUUGCAUAGAGCAGCCUUCCCUAGUCUGGUGCCCUUGAAGGACCCAUCAACCCCAGCCAGCACAGUCCAUGGUCAUAGGUGAUGGGAGUCGGAGUUCAGCAACAUUUGGAGAGCACGAAACUAAGGCUGCCUUAGCGCGUACAUCUCUAUAUGCCCACUGAACAUCCUAUUAUGAGUUGCGGGAAGCCAAGACCACCAGGGCCUUGAGCAUCAGAAAUCAUGAAUCCUGACUGCAGCCCUUCUCAAAGGCAAAGCAACUUCUGCAGGACGGUAGUGAGAAAUUUCUUUGAAAUGUAUUUUUGGGGGGUAGUGACAUGAAACAAGUUAACAGCAACUAACCCUCAAUCAUAAUAGCUGAUGGUGCUAAAAUUACAAACGAAACUGUAAUCCCUGGGGAAAAAAUCUUGAAAAAGGGAUUCAGUGGUGCUCCAGCUGAAGUUAUUAGCAAACUCCCCUUAAACUUCUCUGGGAGAAAUUUGGGUUGGUUAAGGUCCCUUCUUUAAGUGGAUUCUUAUUUCCUCUGUAUGCUUUGCUGAGCUACUGGGCCACCGUGAGCGCCAUCUGUUUAAAAAUAUUUCCUUUGGGGCGCUUACUCUUCUGGGUUAAUGAAGAGCUCAGGCAGAUCAUGGUAAAUAAUUAUUUAUGAAGAAAAAAAUGCAUGGACCAAACAGUAUAGAAGGCAAAGGAACAAUUCUGCAUACAGGGGGUCCAGUUUGGGAAGGUGACAAAAAGGCUCAUUGCUUGUGAACUUGCUAUGAACUUUUGUGUGUGUGUAACAGGAAUGUUGUGUUGCUGUCUCUGGUUAGCAGACAGUUGAGGAGCUGCAUCAGUGAGACACGAGGUUAUCCCAAUAUAUCAGUAGAGUUAGAGAGCUCCCUUCUUUCUAUUUAUCAUAGGUUGUAACUGUGUCCCAUAGAAAGGCAAAGAGAGAGAAAAAUGAGCAAAGAAGCCCUGAGUUGCUUCAGCUGAUGCAAUGUCUGCACCGUAGGCUAAAGACACAAAUUUUAAUAACCGAAAUCUUCUGAUGAAAUGGUGCUAUCUUGGUGGGUUUGUUUUAAAAAAGGGUGUUUGGGCUUGUUUGCUUUUGCCAGAUUCCAUCUUGCUAUGGUGCUACAGUAUAUGUCAAACCAGAGAACUGUACAGUUAACUGAUAAUAGAAAGUUUCAAUGUUUUAAAUACAUGUGUGUUUUUUUUAAAGUCUAUGCUCUGAGUCUGAAAUUUACAGCUACAUAAUUUUUAGCUCAUUUACAUUGUAGAUCCAGCAGAGGUUACUUUGGUAUAAAUGACAACUAUCCACAUCCUAGGGCUAGAUCCUUAGCUGAUAUAAAUGGAGCAGCACAGCUUAGGAUCAGAUGCUGAGAGUUAAUCUUUUUACUAGUCCUACUUCGCUCAAUGGAAUCAGGUGCUGGCAAAACUACCACCAGUGAAAAGGGCUUCUGGGAUCAAGCUCAAAGGAAGUUUAACUAUGAAUAAGUAAAAUUUAAAAUGCUUUCCUUAAGCAGCUGGAAAAUAAGGUACUACAAACUACUUUGAGAUAACACUUGUGCCAAUUUAGCAAGUGUGCAUGGUGCAGGUAUAUGUAACAUUCUGUAUUGGUCAUUAUUAUGCAAAAACAAUGGGUGCUGAAUUGGAAGUUUUGAGGUCACUCCAAGACAGAGCAGCUAUUUAUAAAGCAAUGUAGUUGCGUCUUCUCCAGCUUGCUUGCUUGCUUGCUUUUAUAGUUAACAGCAAAAAGUUAUGACUGCAUUCCUUAACCAAGGAAAAAUCCUUCUUGGACCACAUCUGCAUCUCAGUGUAAACAGGUUUAUUCUAUAGAUGUUAAUAUUGAAAACGGACCCAGCCUAUUGAAGGUUCAUAGUGGAGAAGGGAACCAGGGUCUGGCCACACAUGGAUUUGCUACCCUUUCGUCUAAAAUGCCUGCUUCAUUCUGCUACUUUAUGAUGGCUUUUUCUUUGUAUAUUGCUAUUUGUGAGUAGUUGUGUCUGAAAGUUUUACAAGAUACCUUUUUGGUGCUAUUUAUUUUCUCUCUCACUCUCUCACUUUCUCUCUCUCUUUUUGUUCACAAGACUUGUUUUAAGUGUGUACAGAAGCCAGGUUUUCAUCAUAUAAUAAGCUUGCUGUUAUCACAAUACAUACAAAAAAUACCUCAGAAACAGAGUAUUGUGGCAACCUGUGAUUCAGUUAUAGCUAAUGGGAUUGAUACAAAUAUUAGAAACAAGGUGUGUAUUUUAUUACGUCAACACUGUACUUGACAUCUUAUAAACUGUAUGGCCUUUGUAGUUCUAUUCUUGGGCAAGUUCUCACUUUCAAAAUAAUGAAACAUAAUGAGGAAUCAGUGUACAGAACUAAUAAAAAGGUGAAAUGGGAGAGUGGUGCUUUCAUUUCAGUGAACAGUAGAUUUUACUGAAGUACCUCAGAACAUCGUAUGGCCCACAUGGGAAAGCAUUUUUAGAAAUAAGAUCUUAAGCAGCUAUAUUAUCAGUAAUCAAAUAAUAGUUUCUGCACGUUUGGUUUAAAAAAAAUCUGCCCCAAUAGAAUGUUCUCAAACUCUUUGCAGAAUUUGCAAAGGUUUCCAAUGAGGUUUAUUCAAUAUAUUUAUUCAUCACCACCCCCUCCCCCCGCCAGCAAAAAGUGCAUUAUUUUUUUCAAAUAUGCCAUCCAGUUAGAUUACUCCACUAAGUAGUUUUGAAAAUGCAGAAAUGACAACACUGGGUGGACUAAGAAACAGAUUCCAGGGGCAAAGAUGAAAUGUUGGUGCUAGAUUGGGACAGAUCCCCGGCAUAUUGCUCUUAGCGUUAUACCACUUCAUGGACAGUGUGUGUCUUGUUUUUCCAGACAGCAAAUUAUUAAUCUUAUGGUAACUAGCAAAGAGCAACAUUCCUGUAUUCUCUUAGGAAGGCAGUUCUCUGUGGAAUGCAGCAAGAGUCUUGCCUGCAUUAAGAAUAUUUCAUGGGUCAAGAUGUGAAUUGUCGUUUCUCUUUUUUGCCUAAGAAUAGUAAAGCAAAUUGGCCAAUUUUCUCUUCUGCUCCAAUAUCAGGGAUAUAUUUUACAAGUGAUUUUUGUUUGCCAUCCUUUUCCUCCUUUUUGACACCUGUUGUUUAGAGUUUACUCACUGCUGUUCAAUCUUUGGGUAACGUCUGCUGUCCAGCUGGCUUUUGGCUUUUUGUUUUCUUUUUGCGUGUAAAACUAAUUAAAAAGGUAUAAAGCUGACUUCUAAAUACAUUUUUUUUAAAAAAAAUUAAGAGAAAUGAGGAAAAGAAACAAGGUUGGAUUUGGCAGACUAAUUCAGUUUAGUUAACCGAAGGCUGUAACUUCUCAACGUAUUUGAUUUCUUGUCUCUUUGAAUUCACAUUUGGUAAACGAGACCUCCAGUGGAGGCCACCUUGUGGACCACACUUGAAGAUUUCUUUGUUGAUUUGUGACUGUGGCUACUUGAAAUGAAGUUUAUCUGGGGUUGGUUGACAAAUGGUAGAUUUUACAAUGUCUCAAGGCAAUAGGACUUGUGUAUUAAACUGUAGAUAUCCUUAGUAUGGUAAAUUUAUGCUGAUAAUUUUAUUUUGUAUAAUUUCCCCCUCUUGUCUGUAUUUUUUUCCCUUUCACACUUCUCCCUUCAGUGUCUCUGAAAAUUUAUUUUUAGGAUGCCUAAAAAUUGCAAAUAUGGACCCUCCUUUUUUUUAAUUUGUAUUUUAUUAUGUUACACAACCAACUGGUUUGUGAAAUGUAUUAUUCCCGAUAUCUUUAAACUAUUGUGGGUGUUUUAAUAAAUUUUAUAUUUAUUUUUUGCA